GAACGAGCACAGAUUCAUUUCUUGAAUCGAACGGCUUCAAUUGGCGUAAUCUCCACACAUUUCGCCUUCGGAAAUUUUGUAUCUACGAACCCCUAUUUGACUUCCCAGUUCCUCCCACAGCCGCUACCACCAUUUUCUUCCUAAAACUCUCUCUCAUUCUUCUUUAGGAAAGGCGAUCAAUAGAAAUGGCAGCAGCUAGGACGGCAGCUAGAAUCUUUUCCCGAAGGUUUUCGAGCAGCGGGAAAAUACUCAGCGAGGAAGAAAAGGCUGCUGAGAAUGUCUACAUCAAGAAAAUUGAACAAGAGAAACUGGAGAAGCUUGCACGCAAGGGACCUAAACCAGAAGAAAAGCUAGAAGGGUCAGUAGCUGGUUCCGUUCCAAGUGGCUCAGCCUCAGCACCAUCAGGAGCAUCAACAGAGAAAAUAUCUAGUGACAAACACCGCAAUUAUGCUGUUGUAGCUGGAACUGUAACUAUUCUUGGUGCUCUUGGAUGGUAUCUUAAGUCUAAAAAGAAGCCAGAAGAAGUCCAUGAUUGAGUUAACAAAUGACGUCGUUUUCAUAUCAUCGGCAUCUGAAGCAUGGGGGAAGGUGAGUGUUCUCCUUUCCUCUGGUUAAUAAACCAAAAAUCGAGAUGCGUAUGGAUCUUGGUUAAUGAAUACGUUAUGUUCACAUGUACGUUUCUCUUGGCAUUAUUUCUGUUUACUUUCCUGGAAAAUUAACCCCAAGAGACAGUGACAGCAUGGAGCAUGCUCUAUGACAAAGACUUGGUUUGUUUGAUUUCAAUUUCACAUUCUCUUCAAUAAUAUUGAGUAGAAGAAUUAUUUUGAAGCA